UCACCAUGUCGCAAACUUCGUACCCACAGACCCCAUGACGGUGUACUACAUUCGCACGUGAAACACGACGCCCUGAAGCAUCCACAGAUUGGUUUUAUAACUAGCACUAUAUACUCAACGAAAUACGCAACCCGGACGCAGAGCACCUAGGAGUGCCGAGAGUGAGAGAGAAAGAGACCAGCACCGGCCUCUCAAUUUUCAUCAUUAAGUUUCUGUUGUGCUGGUAUAGUUGUAUGCUCUUCUGCUGAUAAAUCACCAAAGCAGGGAAGUACGUAGUGGUCGAAGCUCAAUCUAGCUAUAGCAUCCCGGCCGGCCCAGCCAUGAUCCGUCUGAAGCAGCCUCUGCUGCUCUCGGCGCAGAGCGGCAAUGUUGCCUCGCCUCUUUUCGCCGCUGCGGCGGCAGCUAGCAGCCAGCAGAUCAGGCGAGCCUCCAGCAAAGCCGGCGGCCGGGUCAGGACACGCAGGAUUAGCUGCGCGUCAACCGAUGAGGCCAUGGGCGUCUCGACGUCCGUGACAACCAAGGAGAGGAACCUUACAGUGACGGCCAUUGUGACCGCCCAGAAGCCAACCUCCAUGUAUGUCUCCCGCGGCCUCGACGACCUCCAGGACCUCUUCGGCAAGACGCUGCUCCUGGAGCUCGUCAGCUGCGAGCUCGACCCCAGCACGGGAAGGGAGAGGGAGAAAGUGAAGGGGUUCGCUCACAUGACACUCAAGGAAGGGACGUACGAGGCCAAGAUGUCGGUGCCGGAGUCAUUCGGGCCAGUGGGCGCGGUGAUGGUGGAGAACGAGCACCACAGGGAGAUGUUCAUCAAGAACAUCAAGCUCAUCACCGGCGGCGACGAGAGCACCGCCAUCACCUUCGACGUCGCCUCCUGGGUGCACUCCAAGUUCGACAACCCCGAACCACGGGUGUUCUUCACCAUCAAGUCAUACCUGCCAUCACAGACGCCGCCAGGGAUCGAAGCGCUCAGGAAGAAGGAGCUAGAGACGUUGCGAGGCGACGGGCAAGGCGAGCGAAAGUUUCACGAGCGCAUCUACGACUACGACACCUACAACGACCUUGGCGACCCUGACAAGAACAUCGACCAUAGACGCCCCGUGAUUGGUGGCAAGGAGCACCCCUACCCUCGCCGAUGCCGCACCGGUCGCCCCAAGAGCAUCAUCGACUCGGAGACGGAGACGAGAAGCUCACCGGUGUAUGUGCCACGUGACGAGCAGUUCUCAGACAUUAAAGGGCAGACAUUCAGCGCGACGACACUACGGUCGGGGUUGCAUGCCAUCCUGCCGGCACUGUCGCCACUGCUCAACAACUCACGUUGCUUCCCGCACUUCCCAGCCAUCGACGCCCUGUACAGCGAUGGCAUCCCACUCCCCGUCGAUGCCAGCACCUCCUUCAACAUCAUCAACGAUGUCAUUCCCCGAGUCGUCCAGAUGAUCGAAGACACCACCGACCACGUCCUCCGCUUCGAGGUUCCCCACAUGGUCGAGAGGGACAGGUUCUCAUGGUUCAGAGACGAGGAAUUCGCGAGGCAGACGCUCGCAGGGCUCAACCCUAUCUGCAUCCGCCUCCUCACGGAAUUCCCCAUAGUGAGCAAGCUCGACCCUGAGGUGUAUGGCCCUCCGGAGUCGGCGCUAACCAAGGAGCUCCUAGAGAUGAUGAUGAACGGUCUCAUGACAGUGGAGGAGGCGCUGGAGAAGAAGCGGUUGUUCAUGCUGGACUACCACGACGUGUUCCUGCCGUACGUGCACAAGGUGCGCGAGCUGCCGGACAGGACGCUGUACGGGUCCCGCACCAUCUUCUUCCUCGGCAAAGAGGGGACGCUGAUGCCACUAGCCAUCGAGUUGACGCGGCCGCAGUCGCCGACCAAACCGCAGUGGAAGCGCGCCUUUACGCACGGGCCUGACGCCACUGAGUCGUGGCUGUGGAAGCUGGCCAAGGCGCACGUGCUCACCCACGACACUGGCUAUCACCAGCUCGUCAGCCACUGGCUGCGCACGCACGCCAGCGUCGAGCCAUACAUCAUCGCCACCAACCGGCAGCUCAGCCGGAUGCACCCGGUGCACCGUCUCUUGCACCCGCACUUCCGCUACACCAUGGAGAUCAACGCGCUGGCCAGGGAGGCUCUAAUCAACGCCGACGGCAUCAUAGAGGAGGCCUUCUGGCCAGGUAGGUACUCCAUCGAGCUCUGCUCUGUCGCCUAUGACGCAACCUGGCAGUUCAACACGGAGGCUCUGCCGGAGGACCUCAUCAGCCGGGGACUUGCCGUACGCCACGAGGAUGGUGAGCUUGAACUCACCAUCAAGGACUACCCAUACGGCAACGACGGGCUCCUGAUCUGGAACUGUAUCAAGCAGUGGGCAUCCGACUACAUAACUUUCUACUACAAGUCUGAUGAGGAUGUCACCGGCGACCAGGAGCUUCAGGCUUGGUGGGAGGAGGUGCGCACCAAGGGGCACGCGGACAAGAAGGAUGAGCCGUGGUGGCCGGUGUGCGACUCAAAGGACAACCUCACCCAGAUUCUGAGCAUCAUCAUGUGGGUCACGUCUGGCCACCAUGCCGCCGUCAACUUUGGGCAGUACCAUUUCGGCGGGUACUUCCCCAACCGCCCUACUGUGGUGCGGAAGAACAUCCCGGUGGAGGAGAACCGGGACGACGAGAUGAAGAAAUUCAUGGCCAGGCCGGAAGAGGUUCUGCUGCAAAGCCUCCCCUCACAAAUGCAGGCCAUCAAGGUGAUGGCAACUCUGGACAUUCUCUCCUCACACUCGCCUGAUGAGGAGUACAUGGGAGAGUACGCCGAGCCAGCGUGGUUGGCCGAGCCCAGUGUGAAGGCGGCAUUCGAGAAGUUCAGCGGCAGGCUCAAAGAGGUGGAGGGUGCCAUCGACGAGCGCAACAACAACCCAGAGAACAAGAACAGGUGCGGCGCUGGCAUCGUGCCAUACGAGCUGCUCAAACCAUUCUCAGAGCCAGGGGUCACUGGGAGGGGCAUACCUAACAGCAUCUCCAUCUGAUCUCGGCUCCAGGAUUAAGGGAUAGGAUUGUAUUUCUGUGUGUAGGAUUGGGAAUAAGAUGUACACAAUGUACGCACCCAUAUUGCUCCCGACGUGACACGGGCCGGGUGAGGGUAUCUACUACUAGUGUGUUUCCGCUACUAGAAUGCCAUGAAUUAAUACGUAAUUAAGGUUAUUUGAACUGUCA